UGUUGAGAUGUAGAUAGGCUGGAAACCGUGCAUUAAAUAUGAAGCACACGCUAUAACUGUUUUGCAUAGCAGGCGGACACAAACACGCGUGGAAAGUUAUGUAGUCAAGUUAGUUCGAUCAUAUUUAAAGAGCUGGCGAGCCACAAAAAUACAUUGUUAUGGGUAGAAUUCAUCCUGUCGUGAGGGGAUCCAGCUUUUAUCCAAGCCUCAACAGGGUGUUUCUUUGAGCACAUUUGCGGUUCGAUUUCUUUCUUUGCUGUUGGAAUUGAAAUUCGCUGUAAUUUGUUUAGUUUGGCGAGUGGAAACAGAGGCACGCGUACAUUAUGAAUAUCGUAACUGAAUUAUUCGUGGUUACUUUUAAAAUAAUAUGGUCGUUCCUACUGGCCGGUGCUAAAUGGUUUAUUCCUCCACGGGAAAAGAGUGUGGAGGGCCAAGUGUGUGUUAUUACCGGUGCUGGAAGCGGUCUCGGGCGACUCUUUGCGCAGGAGUUUGCCCGGAGACGAGCGACCCUUGUGCUGUGGGACAUCAACCGAGAGAGUAACGAAGAGACCGCGGAGAUGGUGCGUGAAAUCUACCGAGAAACGAAGCCCUCCGCUGGGUCUUCAGAUAGUGUUCAAGAGUUGCCUCUGUUCCAGCCGAAAGUUUACACAUAUGUUUGCGACGUCAGUAAACGCGAGAGUGUGUAUUCGACUGCAGAGAAGGUGCGCAAAGAGGUGGGCAACAUCGACCUGUUGAUCAAUAAUGCUGGAGUUGUGUCAGGACAUCAUCUUCUCGAGUGCCCUGAUGAGCUUAUCGAGAGGACUAUGAUGGUCAACUGCCAUGCUCACUUCUGGACUGCAAAGGCUUUCCUUCCCAAGAUGCUUGAGCUGAAUCACGGACACAUUGUAACUGUAGCUAGCUCACUGGGCUUGUUCACCACUGCUGGUGUAGAGGACUAUUGUGCAAGCAAGUUUGGAGCCAUAGGCUUCCAUGAGUCUUUGAGCCACGAAUUGAAAGCAGCUGAUAAGGAUGGAAUAAAGAUGACGCUUGUCUGUCCUUUUUUAGUGGACACUGGCAUGUUUAACGGAUGCAAAAUUAGGAAAGAAAUGGCACCAUUGUUUCCACCGCUAAAGCCAGAGCACUGUGUCAAACAGGCCAUGAGAGCCAUACUAACAGACCAACCAAUGAUCUGCACGCCACGAGUCAUGUACAUGGUCACCUUCAUGAAAACUGUUCUGCCAUUUGAUGCCAUUGUGUGCAUGUACAGAUUUAUCGGGGCUGAUAAAUGCAUGUACCCCUUUCUGGCUCAACGCAAGGAGUCCACGAACAACAAUGAAUCAAAGACUGGAAUCUAACUGGUUCUGACUGAGCAACGCUGCUAAAGUCUGUUAGUUCCUCUGGAACGCUGAAACCUGUACAUUGAAUUUUUUUUCAGAUGACAUUUUGCUGUUAACUUUGAGGUUGCAAUAAUUUCAAAAGUAGAACACUAUGUAGCGAUUGGCUUUAAUUAUGAAAUGCUGUGUGUUACUGUAAGGUUGCUUAAGGCCUGUCACCUAUUUAUAUGUAUUCACAUUUUAUUUGUCGAGUAUUGUUGCUUUCCUCUCAACAUUCCAAGACUUUGUCACUUUAGAGGUUUUAUCCUCCCAAUAACACUAUGAAAUGCACUAUGUAAUGAAAGUAUUUCCUCUGGUUGCCUUUGUGGUCUUGAUGUGUUGAUGAUUUGGGAUAACACCAAUGAUUAAAGCAAAAGAUUAGCAGAAAUUGCCACAGAUGCUUAUUGUUGAAUAAACAGCCUUUAAACUA